AUCUACGUGUCGAACCUCGACUACAAGACGAACGAGCGCGACGUCAAGCGCAUCUUCGAGCGCUUCGGCGCGAUCAAGGAGGUCUUCAUGCCGCUCCACCCCGAGUUCGGCCGGUCCCGGGGCUUCUGCUUCGUGACCUUCGCCGAGGAGGCCGACGCGGCGACGGCCAUCGAGAAGAUGGACGGGGGCGACCACGAGGGCCGCCAGCUCCGCGUGUCG